AUGGGCCUUCUCAAAAUAUUACCAAUUCGCGUAAGGGGUCCGAACGGAAUAGCGAAAACGUACGCAUUACUAGACGGGGGCUCUACCAUUACGGUCGUUGAUCAGAAACUCGCGCGAAACUUAGGCUUAAGAGGGCAACAAGUAGACAUGACAGUGCGAGGCCUUUGGAGCGGAGAAAGGCACGCUCAGUGCGAACAAAUUAGCUUUGAAGUCGAAGGCAAGUUCGGCGUUGAAAAGGUCGGACACGCGCUAGCCGUCCCGCAUAUGGAUUUGCCAACACAAUCGUUGCCCAGUAGAGUCACUCAAAAAAUCGCUGACGAAUUGGGGAUGAAUGUGGAACCGUACAUAAACGCGAAACCUCUAAUCCUUAUUGGUCAGGAUAAUUGGUCAUUGCUGAACGGCACGGAGUCGCGAUCGCUGAAGAAUGCUGGAGUGGCGGUGUCGCGCACGGCAUUAGGCUGGGUGAUGCACGGCUACCUCGGAGGCGAACAAAAUAAAGGCCGAACGCUAAAUGUGCGGGCGACGGUAUGCGUGAACGAGCGCGACGGCGCCGAUGAGCCAGACGAUUCAAAUAAAUUAGAACAUCUUUUUCGACAAUAUUUUAUAUUAGAUAACCUCGGAGUUUCAGAAACAAGCGCUGUAGAGCGCAAAGAAAACAGGGCGAUGGAGAUUUUGCGAAAAACGACGCGUAAAAUCGGUAAAACGUGGGAAACGGGAUUAUUGUGGAAAAACGAUACACUGCCGAGUUUAGACACACGAGCGACGGCGCUCAAACGUCUGCGUGCGUUGGAAAAACGUCAAGAUCGCGACCCAAUUUUCGCGGAACUUUACCACGGAGAAAUGCGUAGAUUAAUUGAUGCUGGGUAUGCCGUCAAAGUCAAACACACCAGAGAGCCAUCCCGCGUUCGAUACGUUUCGCACUUUGGCGUGGAAAAUCCAAAUAAGCCUGGAAGGGUUCGACUGGUUUUCGACGCGGCGGAGAAAACGCAGGGAGUGAGUAUGAAUGACCUGCUUGAUACUGGCCCGGACCUACUCGAGUCACUCCUCGGAGUUUUGACACGUUUCAGACAAUACCCAUACGCGGUCAAGGCCGAUAUUAAAGACAUGUAUCUCCGCGUCAGAGUGAUUGACAGGGAUCGCGAUUCGCAGCGGUUUUUGUAUCGUGGGGCGAAUCGUACACGAGAGCCAGAUGAAUGGGAAAUGACGUGCCUUAUAUUUGGGUCAAAAUCAUCACCCUGUAGCGCACUGUACGUUAAAAAUACUAACGCUGAGCGAUUUUCGCGACUGAAGCCAACAGCGGCGAAUAGUAUAAAACGAAAUUCGUAUAUGGACGAUUACCUAGCGAGCGGAAUCGAUGAAAACGAGAUGAAAAAGCUUGUUCACGACGUAACCCUAAUUAAUAGCGAAGCGAAUUUUGAAUUACACGGUUGGGCUUCGAACGAAAAUAGUAUCGUAGAACCAGUACGAGACGAUAGUAAGUUGCAAAGCGGCGAAAUUGCGAGCCUAUGCAACACUGAAGAACGAGUGUUAGGACUAUACUGGGACCGCGAUUCAGACGACUUACGAUUCAACGUAGGGUUGCGCAAAAUCCGGGAGGGCAUCGCGACUGGAACUGAAAAGCCCACGAAACGUGAAGUGCUGAGUGUCGUCAUGUCGGUGUAUGACCCACUGGGAAUAUUGUCUCCAUUCACACUAAACGCGAAAUUGAUUAUCCAAGACAUCUGGACUAGCGGAGUCGGCUGGGACGCAAAAAUCCGAGACUCGGAAUUUGCAGCCUGGUCGAACUGGCUGACGCAAUUAAAAAGGAUGUCCGAUUGUAAAGUGCCCCGCUCAUUUAUCCCAAAAGGCGCCGAAUAUGAAGAUACUCAGCUGCAUGUUUUUUGUGAUGCAAGCAAGAAGGCAUUCGCCGCCGCCGCUUAUCUUAGGAUUACCGAUCGUGAUGCAAAGGUACAUUUAGCGCUCGUGAUGGCCAAGACUCGAGUCGCGCCCGUGAAACCUUCAACGAUUCCUCGACUGGAACUUCAGGCUGCGCUCCUCGGGGCUCGCCUCGCUGCGACCAUCGAGCAAGAGCUCGAUUUGAAGAUACACAGUCGAACUUUCUGGUCCGAUUCGACCACUGUUCUACAUUGGAUCAAAACCGGACCGCGCACGAAACAGAUCUUCGUAGCUAACCGCUUAAGCGAGAUCAAUCUGACAACGCGCAUGACCGAGUGGCGAUGGGUUCCCACAAAACUGAAUCCAGCCGACGAUGGCACGCGCAAGUCGGAUCAACCCAUGCUUUCGAGCGAUCGUUGGCUCGUCGGACCUAAAUUUUUGCGGGAAAAAAGCGAGUCAUGGCCGGAACGCGCAAUUGACGACGCCGAGAAGCGAGAGGCCGAUAUGUUGGAAGCAAAGAAGGUGUUUAUUGGAACGAUGAAUAUCAGUGAUUCGAAUAAAUGGGAAGUAGAUGUAAAAGUUCGUUUGUUAGGUUGGAGUAGAGUGGUAAAGACGGGGGAGCGUGUUCGAAAAUCAUUUUAUCGAUGGUACGAAAAAACUCGAGAAAAAUUAGGCAAGCCAAUAAACAUCGUCGGCGUAACCUUAGAGCGAACCGAAGACUUGGUACAAAAACAAAGAGCAGGGGAAAAGUUUUGGUACCGCGUUAUACAGUCAACGCACUUUUCAAACGAGCUUGACGCUCUCAGAAAGGGUAGAGGGGUUGCUCGAGGCAGCAAAAUUAUUAGCCUGCGUCCGUACAUUGACGAAGAGGGCUUGCUCCGAGCUCGAGGGCGCGUGGUGAGGACAUGGGACGAAAAAGUCGCCGGGCCCAAAAGCGAAAAUAGCGAAUUCGAAAAUCGACCGAUAAUAUUAGACGCGAACCAUUACUUGACUAAACUUUUGAUCGCCUUUUAUCAUAAACGACAAUUUCACGGCAGUAACGAAACAAUAGUGAAUGAAAUGCGGCAAAAAUUCUAUACAGUUGGACUGCGGACGAGUCUGAGGUGGCUCGCGAAGCGUUGCAUAACCUGUCGAUUACGCCGUGCGCAGCCUCAGAACCCUCCCAUGGCCGACCUGCCAGAAUGUCGCCUUGCGAAAGGACAACGGCCAUUCACGCAUUGCGGUUUAGAUUACUUCGGGCCGAUGUACGUGAAGAUAGGGAGAGCAAGGGUUAAGCGAUGGGGUGUCCUAUUUACUUGUAUGACGACGCGUGCGAUUCAUUUAGAACUAGCGAGCACACUAAGUGCCAGUUCGACGAUACUUGCCGUGCGGCGAUUGGCAGGCCGAAGAGGAUACCCGCGAAAGAUAUAUAGCGACAAUGGCACUAACUUCAUACGUGCCAACAAAGAACUAAACGCGGAGGGAGUAAAUCUAGACGUAAACAAACAGCAGCGUUUCGCGCGAUCAAAAAACAUAGCGUGGCAUUUCAAUCCUCCCGAUGCUCCACACAUGGGGGGAGCAUGGGAGAGAUUAGUUCGCUCCGUAAAGAUAGCGCUUAGUCACGUUUUAAAUGAACAAUCACAAAGCGAAGAAGUCCUCAGCACCUUGAUGGUCGAAAUAGAGCACAUGGUGAACUCGCGACCGCUCACCCACGUAUCCGUCGAUCCAGACGAGGAGGAGGCGUUGACGCCAAAUCACUUCUUAAUCGGGCGAUCCUCCGGGUAUCCAGACACCGACAGUUGCGACAUGGAAAUUGUAAGCCCACGGCGGACUUUUGAAAUAACGCAAAAUCUCGCGAAUGGCUUCUGGAAACGAUGGCUUCGCAGUUACCUUCCGACUCUCUUACCUACAAAGAAAUGGCAUCGAAACUCACCUCCUCUUCAAGUAGGCGACGUCGUAAUGAUAAUAGAUCACCAAGCGCCGCGUAACACGUGGAAAAUAGGUAAAAUAACCGAAGUGUAUAUAAAUAAGACCGACGGAGUGGUACGUUCAGCAAAAAUUCGCGCCGGAAAAGGUUUUUUAGACCGACCAGUACACAAGCUUAUUAAGUUACUUGGAACCGAUGAGUAA